UAUUUUUUCAGUUGGUCUGUCAACGGAGCGUUAAUGCUGAAUUGCACUUGAACGGGAACUAAAAAAAAAAAUAUAUACAAAAAACAAAAAAACAACACAAAACUUAAAGAUGACCGCUCGGAUUAUGCAGGUGGCGCGAUGCCCAACAGAUGAACUGUCGUUGACCAACUGUGCCGUCAUCAACGAGAAGGAGCAACAGUUUGAACAAUACGUGACUGUUCGCAAUUCAACCCACAAGUAUGUGUUCAGCUUGAAGAGGCAUCCCAGUGUUAACUGUGGGACCAUCGCCUUCAGUCUGCCACAGAGAAAAUGGGCAGGCCUAUCAAUCGGACAAGAAGUUGAAGUGUCCAUCUACACGUUUGACAAGUCCAGACAGUGUGUAAGCAGCAUGACAGUGGAGGUAGAUUUCCUGCAGAAGAAGAACGUGGACAGCAAUCCUUACGACUCGGACAAGAUGGCCAUCGAGUUCAUCCAGCACUUCAACAACCAGCCUUUCACUAUCGCCCAGCAGCUGGUGUUUAGUUUCUGUGAUAAGCUCUUCGGCUUGCUGAUAAAAGAUAUUGAGGCCAUGGACCCCAGCAUCCUAAAGGGAGAACACGCCUCCGGCAAGAAACCAAAGAUUGAGAUCGGUUUGUUGCUGGCAAACAGUCAGGUGAUAUUUGAGAAGUCAGAGACCUCAUCCAUGACCCUGGUUGGGAAAGCUAAGACCCGAGGGUCUCGCCAGUCUAUCAUCAGCCCAGACUGGAACUUUGAGAAGAUGGGUAUCGGCGGCCUCGACAAGGAGUUUUCUGACAUCUUCCGUAGAGCCUUUGCCUCCCGCGUCUUCCCUACAGACAUCGUCGAACAGAUGGGCUGCAAGCAUGUGAAGGGAAUCCUGCUGUACGGACCCCCAGGCUGCGGUAAAACCCUGAUGGCACGACAGAUUGGCAAGAUGCUCAAGGCCCGGGAGCCAAAGAUUGUCAACGGCCCCGAGAUUCUCAACAAGUAUGUCGGAGAGUCUGAGGCCAACAUCAGGAAGCUGUUUGCAGAGGCAGAGGACGAACAGAAGAGGCUUGGUGCCAACAGCGGUCUUCACAUCAUCAUAUUCGAUGAGAUCGACGCGAUCUGUAAGCAGCGUGGAAGCAUGGCGGGCAGCACAGGAGUCCACGACACCGUGGUCAACCAGCUGCUGUCCAAGAUCGACGGAGUGGAGCAGCUCAACAACAUCCUGGUCAUAGGUAUGACCAACAGGCCUGACCUGAUAGAUGAGGCCUUGUUGAGGCCGGGAAGACUGGAGGUGAAGAUGGAGAUUGGGUUACCGGAUGAAAAAGGCCGUAUUCAGAUCCUCAACAUCCACACGGCACAGAUGCGUCAGUACAAACUGCUGGCCAACGACGUGGACAUUCAGGAGCUGGCAGUGGAGACCAAGAACUUCAGCGGUGCCGAGCUGGAGGGUCUGGUCAGGGCUGCCCAGUCCACCGCCAUGAACAGACAUAUCAAGGCCAGCAACACGGUCGAGGUAAACACCGAGACGGCGGAGAAGCUGCAGGUCAGCAGGCACGACUUCAUGGCCUCGCUGAAUAACGACAUCAAACCAGCGUUUGGUACCAACCAGGAGGAUUACGCCAGCUACAUCAUGAACGGGAUAAUCAGGUGGGGCGACCCGGUGUCGGCGGCCCUGGAAGACGGGGAGCUGCUGGUGCAGCAGACGAAGAACAGCGACCGCACGCCGCUGGUCUCUGUUCUACUGGAGGGCCCACCCAACAGUGGGAAGACGGCGUUGGCAGCUAAGAUCUCUGAAGACUCCCAGUUUCCCUUUAUCAAGAUCUGCUCCCCCGACAAGAUGAUCGGACACUCCGAGAUCGCUAAAUGUCAAGCCAUCAAAAAGAUAUUUGAAGACGCUUACAAGUCACAGCUGAGCUGUGUGGUUGUGGAUGACAUCGAACGCUUGUUGGACUUUGUCCCGAUCGGCCCUCGUUUCUCCAACCUGGUGCUACAAGCUUUGCUGGUCCUGCUCAAGAAACCUCCUCCGAAGGGUCGUAAACUGCUUAUCAUCGGCACCACGAGUCGUAAAGAUGUCCUCCAGGAAAUGGAGAUGUUAGAUGCUUUCAGCACCACCAUCCACAUUCCCAACAUCUCGAGCGGCGAGCAGCUGGUCGAUGCCCUGGAGCUGCUGGGCAGUUUCCAGGACAACGAACGGGCCAGCAUAGCUAAAGUGGUGAAAGGGCAGCAUCUUUCGAUCGGCAUAAAGAAGUUACUCAUGCUCAUUGAAAUGGCGGCGCAGAUGGAUCCCGACCACAGAGUCAGCAAGUUCCUGAGUCUACUGAAAGAUGAAGGAGCACUGGGUUCUAAUAAGUUUGCAAUGAUCUAGACUCAGUGGAGCCACGUAGUGAAAAAGAGGCAUCCUUCAACGUUGCUGAGGAACGGAAGCCUGAAAGAGGCUGGCAGAAGGAAGCAAGCGAGAGAUAGUUUCCAUCUCUUUCUCUCUCGCUCUCUCUCUGCAUCCUUCCUUCCCAUCCCUGAAGCUCUGCGUGCUUCUCUCUGCACUGCAGCAGCCAACCAGGCAACCCUCUCCUCCUCAGCACGAUGUGGAAAAAAAACAAAAAACAAAAAAAAAAACAGUGUAAAUUAAGACAAAUGAGCUGUGUUCAUUUGUGUAUAUUUCAGUUCCUAAAGAUCAGUGCUGUUAUCUAUUUGUGAUGCCCUUUAGCACUCCAUUGGGAUUUUAUACAUAAAAAAGCCAAGGUGAAAGAUACACUUCUACGGCAAGUACACGUGCAUGCACGAACACUAAUUAAGAUACUGUUUGUUUAUAUCGGCCUGAUUUCUGUGCACGGAUUUGUAAUCUGAUCAUUCCAGGACAUGGUGGCUCUGUGACUUAAAGAUUUGUUCCUAUCAUGUUGUUUACUUGCUUGUAUCAGACCUUUUUUUUUUAUUUUAUGAAUAAAUUAAUUCUAUUACUAAUAAGAAACACUGAAGUAUCUGGACUUUAUAAUAAAAAUGAAUGACCGCCAAACAUUUUAAAGGGAAGUUAUCUCACACACGAGGGACUUCUGCUGCUUGAGAAAUGUGUACGCUGCUUUCAGCCCAGACGGUUUGAUGUAUAGUAUAAAAUCCACCGAGGAAUAUUCAGGCCUUCAUCAUUUAGUGGAAAUUGCCCAAGUAGCCCCAGAAAAACAUCUCUCAAUUUACCGUCUCUAUAGAAACCAAUACUGUUUGUUUUUUUUUUUUUUGUUAGUAUUCUUCUAAUAAUUACGAUUAUACCAAAAUCAUUAUAAAGCGUCUCAUAAUUAUGAGAAAUUUGGCAUCUCAUGAAGGAAGCUACACAGACGUUGGCGGUUAAAGAAUAAGUUCACAUUCUUUGAUGUCCGUCUUACUUAAAAACAUUAAAAUUAACACUCACGUUGCCCAAAUGUACUUCGAAACAGAACAUUAACGAUUCUAACGCUGGGGAACGAAGUCCACAGUUGUUUCGUGCAAAGAUUCAUCCUCGAGUUCAACUUCAAGCUGAUGUGAGGCUGAAUUUGCCAAAUCGAGUGGGUAUCUGUCAAAGUUGAGUCUUUUUUAGCGCAGAAAUUCCCUCCUAUUGUUUCCCAGCUUCAGUGUUUCCUCCACUAAGCUGUGGUUGAGUUUGGAAAAUACCGGCUUUGAUUUCACCAACACUGACUGCUGAAGCCGCAUGUUAGCUUUCUGACUAAAACUCUGUGGUGCGUUCCAUUCGAGUCUGAGGUCGGAAACUUCCAAGUUGAAAUAGUCAGAAUUCAGAGCUCGAAAUCGUUUCACGACUCUUUUUAGGCAGAGAAAAUGACUACAUGGCCUUCAGUUGAGAUCUUACCAUUUCAAGGUUUUGAUUUCAUGUUUACUUCUCGUCUUCACUUCUCGGUGAAGUUGAGGUGCCUCGAGUUUCCGAGUCGGAGCUCCGACUUUGAGAGCUCUUCCCUCAUACGUUGUCAAGUACAGCAGGAGGUUUGUCCCCCAUCAUUUAUAUUGAAAUCAUCUCUUCAGGCCCAGUAUGGACGAGAGGAAUGAGUACAGCAACCGAGAAUGGUUUAAUUGUACAUGUGAGUUGUUUUAAGACACACUUUAAGAAAUGUGAAUCUGUCCUUUAACCUACAAAUCAUCUUUGUUGGGUGAGAAAACACUGCAUGCCAAACAUUUACCGAGUAGCUACACGUGUGUCGGCUACAAUGACAGUAAAACCGUUGGAUGCAGAUUUCUGGAUCCAGUCUGUAAUGAUUGUAACCCAAAGUAUCAAAUAUGUUGUUUCAUGUAUCAUCUUCCUCAUAACCGUGCUUGUGGUCUUCUUCUUCUGUAUUCGUUUUUUUAAACAAGUGAAAAUAAAUAAAAACAAUCCAGUGAUAGUGAAUUAUUAGCUGUGACGUUUGCAUUUCUGUCUGUCUGUAACUCAAGAAUGUUGACUUUUCACCUUUUUGUAAACAUAUUGCGAACUAAUGCAAUAAAAGUGGAUAAUAUGUAUCCUA